CUAAGGUGUGUGUGACACACUGGGGUGUUGGCACUGCCUUCUCGCCAACAUUCUCAAUCUAUUGAUAUGCAUAUAUCUGGCCCAGUAUUACUGCCUCACUAACUGACGAGUUAAGGUAGACCGGUUGUGACGAUCAGUCCGAGGAGGAUUUUUAUUUUAUGCUGUUCACCAAUAUGCCAAGGAUUCGUAGCACAUAGGAUUAUAACUUUAGGACUGGUUUAUAUAAAUCUCAUUUUCAACAAGACAAUAUUUAUUUUCAGCAUGCACGGAUUAGUUUUAAUUUUAACAAUCGUAGUGUUGUUACCAGUGGUGUUAUCGGAAAACGAAUGUUUAAGCAGUCCUUGUGUAAACUCAGCUGUAUGUAGAGAUGGACUGGGUGUUGAUUACUAUACUUGUGAAUGUAAUGAUUCAGGGCCUGGAACCGCACCAGUCUAUCACGGACAAGACUGUUCAGAAUUCACAGGUUCCAAUUGUGGAGGGGCUCACUACGACCCCACAGGAAUAGUGACGUCACCUGGUUAUCUCCAAGGACUGAACUAUGACAACAGGCUUUAUUGCGUUUAUUUGAUACGAGUGCACGGAGCGGCUGCAAUAACCAUGACAAUUACAGACUUCCAGACUGAGCUUAACAAGGACGUUCUUGAGAUUGGAACGGGACCGUACGUUGAUUUUACGAAUACAGUGUGGUCACUCGAAGGAAAUCUGACUACACCUCGAACCAUUGUUGCAAACGAUCACCAGGUUUGGAUGCUGUUCACAACAGAUCGGAACAUACCACAAAAAGGAUUCCAUAUCGAAUAUACUGGCGAUGGUGAUGACUGUGCCACAUUUCCAUGUCAAAAUGGAGCUACAUGUAUUGAUGGUGUCUUAAGUUAUACAUGCCAGUGUGCUGCCGGCUGGACAGGCACACAUUGCGAUAUUAAUAUCAAUGAAUGUCAGAGCAAUCCCUGCUUCAAUGGAGGGCAGUGUUUUGAUUUAAUCAACAGUUAUGUAUGUCAGUGUACACCGGGAUAUUCAGGAACACGCUGUACUGUCAAUAUUGAUGAGUGUGCGAGUAGUCCUUGUCAGAAUGGCGCUGUGUGUCAAGAUCUGAUUAACGGUUUUCUUUGUCAGUGUCAGGCAGGUUGGAUUGGUACGCUAUGUGAUCAAGACUUUAACGAGUGUGGCAGUAGUCCUUGUCAGAAUGGUGGAUUCUGCAGUGACGGUCCAAAUAGCUAUACAUGUAUAUGUAAUGGUGGAUGGACGGGAACUAACUGUGAAAUAAAUAUUAAUGAAUGUGAUAGUGGACCCUGCAUAAAUGGAGGGGUUUGUGUUGAUGGUAUUAAUAGUUACACAUGUCAAUGUGCUGCGGGCUACACUGGCAUCAACUGUCAAACAAAUAUCAAUGAAUGUCAAAGUAUUCCCUGUCUUAACGGUGGUAUAUGUAAUGACGGUAUAAAUAUGUAUACCUGUAUGUGUGCCUCGGGUUAUGGUGGAAUAAAUUGUGAAAUAGAUAUUGAUGAAUGUGCUAGUUCUCCUUGUCAAAAUGGUGCUCAGUGUCUGGAUAGUAUCAAUGGCUAUACUUGCGUUUGUCUACCUGGAUAUGGUGGCCUUAGAUGUGAAUCUAAUACUGAUGAAUGUUUAAGUUUUCCUUGUGCUAAUGGUGGUGAAUGUGUUGAUGGCAUUGGCUUCUUUACAUGUAUCUGUCCUGCAGGCUACACUGGUACAUACUGUGAAUUAGAUGUUGAUGAAUGUGCCAGUAAUCCAUGUCAAAACGAAGCCACUUGUAUCAAUGGUCGCAAUAUGUGGACAUGUCUCUGUACUCAAGGAUGGACUGGUGUGGAUUGCUCUCAAGACGUUGAUGAGUGUGACAGUGGUCCAUGUCGUAACGGUGCACAAUGUGUCAACGGCCGUAAUCGGUUUAACUGUGUAUGUGCUGCAGGAUAUACCGGAACGUACUGUGAAAUUAACAUAAACGAGUGUGAUCAAAACCCAUGUAUGAAUGGUGUGUGUAGGGAUGAAAUCAACGGUUAUACAUGUCAGUGUUAUGGUGGGUAUACCGGAACUGACUGUGAAAUAGAUAUUAAUGAAUGUUCCAGUAGUCCGUGUAAGAAUAGUGGGCUGUGUAAUGAUCUUAUUAACAGAUUCACUUGUGAAUGUUUAUCUGGAUGGACCGGUGUAUACUGUGAUGUUGAUAUUAAUGAAUGUGCUAGUUCACCUUGUUUGAAUAGCGGUACAUGUCGAAAUCUACAAAAUAGUUUCCUAUGUGAGUGUGUAGCUGGGUGGACUGGUAACAAUUGUGGUAUUGAUAUCAACGAAUGUGCCUCAAGUCCAUGCCAGAAUGGUGGAAGCUGUAAUAAUCUGCAGAACUCUUACAGUUGUUUUUGCAUUCCUGGAUAUACUGGCGUUAACUGUGAAACCGAUGUGAAUGAGUGUUCUAGUAGUCCAUGUCAACAUGAUGCCGAGUGUAUUGAUGGUAUUAACCGUUAUACAUGUGUUUGUACUCCUGGCUGGACUGGCACCAGAUGUGAAAUUGAAAUAAAUGAAUGUGCCAGCAGUCCUUGCAGAAAUGGAGCAACUUGUAAUAAUUUGAUCAAUGGAUAUUCAUGUACAUGUCCACCAGGAUAUACUGGAUAUAAUUGUGAUGGAGAUGUUAAUGAGUGUGCUAGUUCUCCAUGUCAGAAUGGUGGUAAUUGUCAGAAUGCUGUAAAUUCUUACAAUUGCCAGUGUUUACCCGGUUGGACUGGUCCGAAUUGUGAAAUUGAUUACAAUGAAUGUGCAAGUUUUCCAUGUCGUAAUGGUGCUACAUGUAAUGACUUGAUUAAUGGUUAUGAAUGCGUAUGUGCCGCUGGCUGGUAUGGGACAAACUGUGACUCUGAUGUUGAUGAAUGUAUUAGUAACCCAUGUAGAAAUAAUGCGCAGUGUGUGAAUGGUCAGAAUCAAUAUACAUGUAUCUGUCCACCUGGAUGGUUUGGAACCACCUGCGAAAGUAAUCGUGAUGAGUGUGGCAGCAAUCCUUGUUAUAAUGGCGGUACAUGUGUUGAUUUAAUUAAUGGCUAUACAUGCAAUUGUGCUGCCGGCUGGACUGGUGUUAACUGUGGCGUUGACAUUAAUGAGUGUGCAUCACGUCCAUGUAUGAAUGGUGCAACUUGCACUAAUGAGAUCAACAAGUAUUCGUGUACAUGUGCACCUGGAUGGACAGGAACCAACUGUGCUCUAGUUAUUGAUGAAUGUGCAAGUAAUCCAUGUGAAAAUGGUGGUACAUGUACAGAUAUUGUAAAUGGUUAUCAGUGUCAAUGCGUAGCUGGUUGGACUGGUAGUAGUUGUGAAAUUGAUGUAAAUGAGUGUUCCAGUGCUCCAUGUUUACAUGGUGGUACGUGUCAGAAUAUGCUGAAUGCAUACCAAUGUUUGUGUUCACCAGGAUGGACUGGCAUCAACUGUGACAUAGAUAUUGAUGAGUGUGCCAGCUCACCAUGUAAUAAUGACGGCACCUGUGUUGAUGGUAUUGACAUCUAUUUCUGCACAUGUACACCUGGAUGGGGCGGAAUUAACUGUGAAGUUGAAACAUUGGAAUGUAUUAGUAACCCGUGUCGCAAUGGUGCUACUUGUUUUGAAGGUGAAAAUAGUUAUGCUUGUAUCUGUACACCAGGAUGGUCGGGUAUGAAUUGUGACAUUGAUAUCAAUGAAUGUGCUAGUAGUCCAUGUCAGAAUGCUGCCACUUGCUCUAACCUACUCAAUGCUUUUGCCUGUACUUGUGCACCAGGUUGGACUGGCAUCAUGUGCACAGAUGAUGUGAAUGAAUGUUCCAGCAGCCCGUGUGUGAAUGAUGGUACAUGUUACAAUGGUCCAAAUUUUUACAGCUGUACAUGUUUACCUGGUUGGACUGGAUAUAACUGUGAACUGGAUAUUAAUGAAUGUACUAGUAAUCCUUGUCAGAAUGGUGGAACCUGUUACAAUGAACAAAACAAGUAUUCCUGUGGCUGUACACCAGGAUGGUUUGGGGUUAACUGUGCUCAAGAUAUGGAUGAAUGUGCUAGUGGACCGUGUUUGAAUGGAGCCACUUGUCAGAAUGGUCUCAAUUCUUAUACCUGUUUCUGUUUACCUGGAUGGACUGGCACUACUUGUAAUAUUGAUGUGAAUGAGUGUUCAAGUCAACCCUGUUUGAAUAGUGGUACAUGUAGAAAUGGUGCAAAUUCUUACACAUGUAGCUGUUUAGCUGGAUGGACUGGAUCACAUUGUGAACUGGACAUUGAUGAAUGUCUUAGUGCUCCUUGUCUUAAUGCUGCUGGCUGCAAUAAUUUAAAUAAUAGAUAUUCAUGUACUUGUGCACAAGGAUGGCAAGGAAUUAACUGUGAAGCUGAUAUAAAUGAGUGUGCCAGUAAUCCCUGCUUCAAUGGUGCCACUUGUAACAAUCUACUGAAUUCUUAUUCCUGUACUUGUGCCCCCGGCUGGACUGGUGUGAAUUGUGAAAGCAAUAUCAACGAAUGUCUAAGUUUGCCAUGUUUGAAUGGCGGUUCUUGUGCUAAUGGCCCUGACAGAUACACUUGUAUAUGUUUACCAGGAUGGAAUGGUGUCAACUGUGAAAAUGAUGUGAACGAGUGUUUGAGUAAUCCAUGUCAGAAUGGCGGUUUUUGUACUCAUUUACAGAAUGCUUAUCAAUGUCAGUGCUUAGCUGGUUGGACUGGCAAUAACUGUGAAAUUGGUAUCAAUGAAUGCAGCAGUGAUCCUUGCAUUAAUGGUGGUAUAUGUAUUAAUGGCGAUAAUAAAUAUUCCUGUCAAUGUCCUGCUGGGUAUACUGGCUACAACUGUGAAAUUGAAAUUGAUGAAUGCAGUAGUAAUCCAUGUUCUGGUGUCUCAACAUGUGUUAAUUUAGUAAACAGAUAUCGAUGUCUGUGUUCUCCAGGUUGGACUGGAGUCAAAUGUGAUAUAGAUAUUGAUGAAUGUGCCAGCAAUCCAUGUGUCAAUGGCGGCACAUGUGUUAACGGUCAAAAUCAAUAUACUUGUUUAUGUGUUAUUGGAUGGACAGGAAUUAACUGUGAUAACGAUGUUAAUGAAUGUGCUAGUCUGCCUUGUCAGAAUGGUGCUACGUGUAUUAAUGGUAUCAACGAGUACACCUGUGUAUGUCGCCUUGGUUACAAUGGUGUCAAUUGUGACAAUGAAAUUGAUGAAUGUAUCAGCAAUCCCUGUCAAAAUGACGGGACAUGUGGCAAUGAUAUCAACAAGUAUUCGUGUCAGUGCGUAUCUGGAUGGACAGGUUACAACUGUGAAAUUGACGUGAAUGAAUGUUCCAGUAAUCCAUGUCAGAAUGGUGGGCAGUGUAACAAUUUACUGAAUAUGUACACCUGCAAUUGUCCAGCGGGAUGGGCUGGAUUCAACUGUGCUAAUGAUAUCAACGAAUGCGAUAGCAGUCCAUGUGCUAAUGGUGGAACUUGUCUGAAUGAUGUAAAUGGUUAUAGAUGUCUAUGUACACCUGGAUGGCAAGGAAUUCACUGCUCUAUUGAUAUUAACGAGUGUUCAAGCAACCCAUGCAAGAAUGGAGCAACAUGUGAUAAUUUAGUUGCUCUGUAUGAAUGUGUGUGUCCCAUCGGAUAUAACGGUGUAAACUGUGAAUUUGACAUAAAUGAAUGUGCGAGUACACCUUGUUUGAACGGUGGUAUUUGCUUCAAUGAACUAAAUAGCUACAGAUGUGUGUGUCCCUCUGGUUUUGAUGGAACCCACUGUGAAAUAGAAUUAUUGGAAUGUUCAACCCAGCCAUGUUUGAAUGGUGGUACCUGUAUUGAUGGUAUUGACGGUUUCACUUGCUCCUGUGCUUUGGGAUGGAAAGGCUUUACCUGUGAAACUAACAUCAAUGAAUGUGAAAGUGAACCUUGUCUCAAUGGUGGAUUAUGUUUUGAUGAAAUCAAUUCAUUCAACUGUAUAUGUAGAGCUGGAUUUACAGGGGCAACCUGUCUCUUUGAUAUCGAUGAAUGUAGAAGUAAUCCUUGUCUAAACGGUGCUGAGUGUCACGAUGACGUCAAUGGUUAUACUUGUGUAUGUGAAGCUGGAUGGACAGGUUUCCAUUGUGAAACAGCUCUGAAUCUGUGUGCAGCUGCUCCCUGUCUCAAUGGUGGUAUAUGCCAUAACUUGGUAAAUGCUUAUUUGUGUACCUGCCCUCAAGGUUGGACUGGAGUCAACUGUGAAACGGCUGUUGGCUGCCUAGUUAACUACACUAUACCUACCGGGGGAGCACUAGAAAUUCACUCUCCUAACUAUCCUUCUUCAUACAACAACAAUGAUUACUGUCGUUGGUACAUCAACCCGCCUUCCAGUAACCGUAUCCGUAUCACAAUCAAGGAUUUCAUCCUGGAAAACAGAUAUGAUUAUUUAGAUAUUGGUAAUGGUGUUGAUGUCAAUGAUAUAGGGACACGAUUUUUACACUUAUCGGGAAAGAAUGAUGAGGAUAAUGAAAACAUAUAUACUGCGUCUGGUCGGAUCUGGAUUGUGUUCCAGUCGGACAGCUCUAAGACUGAACGGGGAUUUUCUUUAUCACUUGAAGAUCAAUUCAGUGUUGUGAUUGAUGUGUGUAUGAGUAACCCAUGUCUGAAUGGUGGUACUUGUGUAGAUCAUGGCAAUCAUCAGUUUACAUGUACUUGUGAGAUUGGCUGGUUUGGUACCAACUGUGAUGCACCAACUGAAACCAACAAAUGUGCCAGUUUCCCGUGUAGAAAUGGAGCAACCUGUAGUAAUGUUAACACAGAUUAUAUGUGUUCCUGUCUUCCUGGAUUCACUGGACGAGACUGUAACCUAGACAUUGAUGAAUGCUUUGGUAAUCCAUGUAAAAAUGGUGGCACAUGUUUCAAUGGAUUUAAUCAGUUUACUUGUAAAUGUUCUACUGGAUACUCUGGACCAACUUGUGAGUUUGCACCGAACACUGAGACGUGUAAAACCAACAUUUGCGAUAACGGAGGCAUCUGUUACUACACAGACAGAGGUCAUGAAUGUGAUUGUCCAGAUAACUUUGUCGGACCUUACUGUGAAAAAGAUAUGAAUAAGUGUCGUCUGAGUCCAUGUCAAAAUAAUGGUGUGUGUUCCAAUAAAGAAAAUGAUUAUGAUUGUGAUUGUCCUCCUGAAAAGACAGGAAAGAAUUGUGAAGUGGAUGGUGUCUCUGGAUGUAGUGGUAUUAAUCCAUGUAGGAAUGGUGCCACAUGUUAUUACACUGAUGAUAUCCAUUGUGAAUGCCGCGAUGGCUUCACAGGUGAUUGGUGUGAAGUUGAUGUUUAUGAUUGUGCUCCUGAUCAGAAUGGUAUCGCAAAGUGUACUGAUGGGCAAGGUCAAUGUAUAGAUAAAGUAAAUGGCUUUGAAUGUUCUUGUUAUCCUGGAUUUACUGGGCUAAGGUGUGAAAUUGAUAUCAAUGAAUGUGCCACAAACCCAUGUAAUAAUGGUGGUGUAUGUGUAGACCAACAGAAUGGUUACUUGUGUGUCUGUACAGACUGGACUGGCGUACACUGUGAUGAACUACCUGAAGAUGGGGUUGUAUCUGCAGAAGAUGGUUAUACAUUUGCUGGUCAGCCAAUAUCGCUAGAACCCUGGUGGAUAGCUGUGAUAAUUGCUCUGGUUAUCAUUGCUUUGUUCCUUGUCUUGUUGUUGGCAUGUCGCAAAAAUGAAAAGGCACGCUAUGAUGCUGAGAAAGCCAGGGCGGAUCGUAGAGCUGGUAGACCAAAUGAACAAUUAGAUGAACAGAUUCCUGUCAUUGAUGAAGAGUAUGACAAUCCAGCAAGAGAAAACGAUUAUGGAUUCAUACCACCAACUGGAAGCAGCCGAUCAACAAUUGCUGAAGUGAACAGUUACGAGAACCCGUGGCCUACUAGUACUGAUGAUUUCACUUUGCAGAAGACCCAUCUAUAAAAAAAAAAAUCAUCCUUUUUUACAAUAAAUAUAUAAAAAUAAGAAUCAAAGUCUGUCAGAAAUGUAACAGAACUUUAGUUUUAUACCAGAAUGUAUUAACUUUUACUCAAACAUUUUAUUGAAAGAAUUUUUCAUUUAUCCUUGCCUGCAAUUUACAUGUCAGAUGCCUCCCUGUGAUAUUUUAGACGCAUUACUACACACUGUAUUAUAUUCUAGUUGGUACAGAGUAAGUAAAUAUACAGGAUUCCUAUAUUCACUAUGCAAAGUAUCAAUUGUACACGAAGUCACCUAAAACCUGAAGGGUUGGGUGGUAUAGAUUGGACAUAUUUUAAAUUAUUGUGUGUGAUCUCUGUAUUCAUAAUGUACCAUCAUUUCAAAAUUGACUGUUUUCAAAAGUCAAUGGGUCUUCAGCAUCCUAAUCUAUGCCAAGACAAUUUCUGAGAUAUAAUUUUCACUUUUUAAUUUUUUUUCAGUUUUUGUCAUUUUUAAUUGAUAGACGAAUGAUAUUCAUAUUUUUAACAAGUUUUUCUUUCAUUUGCCACCUGUGCUGAGAUGGUUUGAUUUAAGCUGUACAGUUUUGAUAUUGCAUGAUUCACAUUUUGUGUGUUAUCUGGACACCCAUGUGCCUUCCAGCCAUUUUGAAAUUCUUAAAACAUCAUUCAUGUUGACAAAAUAAAUGUAUUUGUCUGAAAGGCAGUUUUGAAUGAUGUCCUGUAUUUUGUUCUGUGCCAGCUUCCACUCCUAUUUCACGUUUUUUGUUUGAAGUGAUUCAUGUUUUGCUUGAAUGUUCUUCCUAUAGAUCCCUUGCAGUGAUAACAGGACUCCCUAACUAAACAACAAAUAGAAGUGUCAUUCCCUAACAGACUGAGCAUAAUUAUAUGGCUGUUGGAUUUCCCUAAUUAUUGUAUUAUUUCUCACAAAGUCCACAACAAGUAAUAAAUUAACAUUCCAAUAGCAAUUUGAGUAGUUAGGGAGUCCUCUAUCAUCAAUCGCUAGUGGUGCCAGCCAAUACAAUUCUAUUAUUGUUUUUAAUGUACUUACAAUUUGAAUAUUUUAUGGUAUUAUUUCAGACUAAAUAUUUUAAUGUGGUGUAGCACAAUAUUUUAUACUUUGGUCUGCCAUGAACUGAACAAAGUUUGAAACAAUUUAUGUUGGGUUUUGAUGUGAACUCUUCCACAGAUGUAUUAAUGAUUGUAUUUAUACUACUUUUUCAAUAAAUGAUAAUUUUAAUAUACAA